AUGAAGCUUCACAAAAGCUGCAGCACGAGCGACGUGCUCGAUAACUUCGACAAGAAGCUAAACAAAAAUUACAAAAUGUUUGAGGAGGAGACCAUACAGAAGAUGCAUAACGAAUAUGAGCACCGCGUGAAGGAGAAGACCAAGGUGAAGGUGAAAAGGAAGGAAGCGCGGGGGAAGAAGAGGGCACGCGAUGGGACGAGCGGGGAGGACGAACCGCAGGAGGAAGCACUGAACGAAGAACCCGACCAAAGCGACGAAGCAGACGAUGUGGACGACGCGGACGAAACAGACCAUGCAAACGAAGCAGACGAUGUGGAUGACGCUAACGGCCUGGACGAACGAACUACCUUCCGCGAUCUGAACAUCUGCGAAGAAAUCCUGCAGAGUAUAGAGGAGCUGGGCUGGAAGAAGCCGACCGCCAUCCAGCGCAAGAUGCUGCCCUGCGCUUUCCAGAAGAGAGACAUUAUCGGACUCAGCGAAACGGGCAGCGGAAAAACGGCUUGCUUCAUAAUACCCAUCCUGCAGGAGCUCCGAGAGAAGAGGCAAAGCUUCUUCGCUUUGGUUAUCUCCCCCACCAGGGAACUCUGUAUACAAAUAGCACAGCACUUUCAAGCCCUGGGAUCAAACCUACUUGUUAACAUAUGCACCAUAUUUGGAGGUGUCGAUAUAGUCACUCAGUCUUUAAAUCUGGCCAAAAGACCAAACAUUAUUGUAAGUACCCCAGGGAGAAUUCUAGACCAUCUAAACAACACCAAAGGUUUUAAUUUAAAAAAUUUAAAGUACCUUGUGUUUGACGAAGCGGAUAAAUUAUUAUCCCUCGAUUUUGAAGCAUCUAUCAAUAAGCUCUUACUAAUCCUUCCAGAGAAAAGAAUCACCUUUUUAUUCUCUGCCACAAUGACGAAGAGUGUAGCCAAAUUGAAGAAGGCGUCAUUAAAAAACCCAAUCAAAGUUGAGGUGUCCAAUAAGUAUAGCACCGCCAGUACCCUCAUCGAAAAUUAUAUAUUCAUUCCGCUUAAGUACAAAUACACCUACCUCUGUAGCCUAUGCUUCCACUUCUCCUCCAGGUGCAUUAUCAUCUUUGCAAACACCUGUGCGACAGCUCAGAAGUUAAAUUUCUUCUGCAGAAAUUUAGGACUAAAGUCGAUAUGUCUGCAUGGGAAGUUAACACAAAACCAGAGACUCAGCAGUUUGAAUUCUUUCAAAAGCAACCGUUAUAACAUCUUAAUUUCUACGCAAGUAGGGGCUAGAGGACUGGACUUAAAGGAUAUAAAAAUUGUAAUAAACUUUGACCUCUGUUCAUGUAAGGAGUACAUCCACAGGGUAGGAAGAACUGCUCGAGCGGGACGCACAGGGAAAUCCAUCACCUUCGUGACUCAAUACGAUGUGGAAAAUUUCCUCGCCAUUGAAAAAAUGCUCAAUAAGAAAAUUGACAAAUUUAAUGAGCUCGAUGAAAACGACGUGCUCCUCUAUCACGAGCAAACGGUCGAGGCGCUGCGCCUGGCCGAUACUGAGAUGAAGGAAAAUCAGGACCUCUUACGCAGGGGCAAGUUUAAGAAGGUUCGGCGGUGA